GAUGUGUAGAACUUGAGAAGCUUCUCACUCACUCCUGUUUGAUAAAAACACAACUAAAAGGGAGCUAGAAAAGUGGUGUUGUUGCAUGGGCAUGAGUUUGAGUUUAUGAUUUUUUGUGGAGAUGGGAAAAGCACCGUGUUGUGACAAACAUGGAGUGAAGAGGGGAUCUUGGACACCUGAAGAAGAUGAGGCUUUAGUUGAGCAUAUCAAGAAGCAUGGAGAAGGAAGUUGGCGCACUCUCCCCAAACAUGCAGGACUACAGCGAUGUGGAAAAAGUUGUAGGCUGAGGUGGAUUAAUUAUCUACGACCUGGCAUUAAGCGUGGCCCAUUUACCUCUGAAGAAGAGACUAAUAUCAUUCAACUUCAUGCCUUGCUUGGCAACAGGUGGGCUGCUAUAGCUUCUCAACUGCCAGGAAGAACAGACAAUGAGAUCAAGAACUAUUGGAACACCCAUCUAAAGAAAAAUCUUCAUCACCACUCCGGAGGGACUACACAACCUUGUCUCAGCCCUCAUGCAGGGAUUGUCAAGUCGGAAUCUCCUUCGACUCGGCACAUGGUACAAUGGGAAAGUGCUAGAGUUGAGGCUGAGGCAAGGUUGUCAAUGGAAUCCUCAUUGAACAAUUCAUGGUCACCAGCUAAAGCUUGCCCUGAUUACUUUCUUAGAUUAUGGAAUUCCGAGGUUGGAGAGUAACAAAUAAGUAGCUGCAAACCAAAGCUUGAAUAUGACACAGGUGGAUCAGAUUCCGGCAACUAUGAGUACCUUGAUACUUCUGAUUCCGCAUUCAAACAAUAUCUGGAUAUGCCUGAUGAAGAUAUAGAAUUCUUGGACCACACUGACAGUUUCCUGAACCCUCCUGAUGAUGAUGAGGAGGAGGAGGAUGAUAGAUGUGACUAAGAUGUUUCUAACUAUAUAUAUUAUGAUAGGAAAUUUUUGUUUGCCUUAUUGAUAUCUUGGUACUUUUGUAAAUGCAGCCACCAUUUAAGUAGUUAGAAACUGGUCCAUGUUUGUUUUGUUUAGUUAUUAUAUUGCUGUAUGGUUUGGUGAGGUAAAAGGGGUGGAUAGAGGAAUAGUUACUACUUGCCAGAGUUCUAGUUAAACUACAACAUUGACAUAUUUAAUAGUUAAUGAUAUUGUUCAUGUUCGUGAUUGGUCCCUUGAGAAUUUUUUGACAUGCCAAUAAC